AUGCCGCGGCGGUCCAUGUUCAGAGAUGCUGCGGCGGUGGCGGGCGGAGUUACUGUUGGUACAACUAUGGGUCAUAUCGCGGGGGAAGCUAUAACCAGUCUAUUUACUGGGCCUCGGAGACAGGAGGUGGAGCAAGCACUACCAAGAAAUUAUCAGUUGGGUUCAGAACCCACCGGACCCUGCGCCUAUGAGAUAGCUCAGUUCCUGCAAUGCGCUACCAGUCGCGAUAAUCUACAGGAGUGUGAAGCUUUUAACGAGGCGCUUAGAGAAUGCAAACGUCGAAAUCGUACGCAUUUA